GAUAUAUCGAAACAUUGUGAAGGACGACCUCGAAUAAUUGCAACAAACCUCUAGAAUUCCAUCAAGGGAUGAGGUCGACAUUCGUUACUCAUUCCAUUACUCGAAUUCAGCUCUUGGCUAGCGGCUGAUACAGUUGCAUACAAGCUCUGUAGGUAUGUGCUUGUACCAUAAGCAUUGAAUGAAGGAUUUAAGCCAUUCCAUCCCUCAUUCUUCAUUUUUUCUCAACACCGUCUCUCCAUUCCUCCAAAAUUCGAUAUAUCGAUAUGUGAAAGGACCGACCAUUCAUUUUUUACUCCCACAUCACUCUGAUUCGAGGGGCUCGUACUUGGCGACUACAUCUUUACCAACAACAACCAUUUCCUUACAGCUUCCGGAGAGAAACACGAACUGUGUACGAAUUCUCAGCGUCAUCGCCUAUUCAAUCGUUUAACGUCACCGAGAGACCUUUUGAUCUUCGUUCAAUAGGAGUCUUUUCAUAUAACAUGCCGUGGUUCUCAAUUCUUCCUGAAAGUUUAGCGUUUGUCGAAGUGUGGGCUAGAAACACGUUUGUAGGUAUCUGGUGCUAAGUACUUCGAUCACUGCACUAACAUCAUACAUAGUUUGUGCUGGGUAUACUGUGCAUAGGGCCCUGGCUAUUAACUCUCCUCUUCGAUAUUUUCUUCUACCUUUUCCGCUUAAUACACCAUGAAAUGCCUUAUUUUGGUGGGAGAGCAAGAGAUAGACCACGACCGCGUGCACCGAGCUUGAGCGAACGACCGAAUGGCCAAGGACGACCGAGAAUCUUGACAAUGCCUUCAGUGAAUGGGGCAGCCAAUAUAGCAGAAUUAUUAGAGGAAACAGCCGAGGGGAUGAAGAAGGGAAUAGAGGAAGCAGCGCAGCCACGAAAAGAUAGUGGCGCGAUAGUAGACGAUUGAACAGCAAACA